GCGAGAUAUCAGUAAUAUUGACAGGUUCAACGGAUAAAAUCUACCAACAUGGAAAUUGGGCUGUCGGAUCUUAUUCCAACAGCACGACUUGGUAAAGUUAGUCACUGGAGAAGAAAUACUCUCUGUUGAGUCAAAGAAUGCCGAAGGAGUAGUUACCAACACUGCUGCCAGGGCCACAUGGCUUGAAAAAGAUCUUCUUGCACGCAGUUAUUUCAUUGCCACGAUUGAAAUUGCUCAACAACGUUCCUUGGUAAACUGCAAUACAGCACAUGAGAUGUGGCUACGUAUUUCAACCCAACACUUGAAGAAUGCUGCUGACAAUCAACACGCACUUGAACAGAGAUUCUUCGAAUAUCGUUUUCAUCCCGAAAAUGAUGUGAUGCAUCAUAUUACCGAGAUUGAAACUAUUGCCAAUCAACUUCGAGAUAUCAAUGCACCUGUCACGGAGAGCCAGAUUAUGACGAAAAUCAUCAACACCCUUCCACCUAGCUUCCGUGGCUUCAUGUCAGCAUGGGACAGUGUUCCUAUACCAGACCGAACUAUCAAUUCUUUGACAUCUCGCCUACUAAAGGAAGAAUGCUUGAUGAAGCAAUGGAAUAGAGGGAAGAUGUACCAUCAAGACGCUGCCUUUUUCUCCAAAAAUUUUCCACCAAGCAGAUGGCCUGAUUCUUAUACACCAUGUGGCCGUGUACGUGGUAAGAAAGGACGGGGAUCAUGGAGAAACGAUCAUCCUAGCAGACGACAACCCUAUAGGACCUGCACCUAUCAUCGAUGCGGCCGUCCCAAACACACCAUUGAUGUGUGCCGCCAGAGAAUCAGAGAUGAGAAAUCUGCCAAAGCUUCGGACACCAAGGCCACACCAGCUGUCAUUAUUGAAAAAAAAGAUGCCUCAGUCAAAAGAGAUGAUGCCGCUGAAGACUCCGCCUACAUGUCAGCAACAUGUUUUCUAUCAAGACACGCACAUGACUGGUUUGCAGAUUCCGGUGCAACUGGGCAUAUGACCAACCAACGCUCAUUCUUUAGCUCUUUUACUCCAGUUCUGCACGACACAUGGACCGUGAAAGGCAUUGGCAUCUCAUCUAUAUGUACGCGGCCACGGAACAAUUGACUUCUUAACCACAGUCAAUGGAAUAGAAAAUACUUUCACAGUAGAAGACAUCCUUUAUGUACCCGGCCUAGGCACCAACCUCCUCUCAAUUGCCGCAGUAACUGACGUGGGCCUAUCAGUGAACUUCAUUGAAACUCGAGGAGCCCUCUUCCAGAAUGAAACGACUUUAAUGGUUGGCGAGCGCAUCGGUAAGAGCCUCUAUCAUUUGGCGAUUUGUCUACAACGUUCCAACAACCAGCAAACGAAAUACUCUACCUGUUUUGCUGUCCCCUCAUCAACCUCCAUGGCGCUGUGGCACCAACGGCUUGCACAUACAAGCUACAAGAUCAUUUCAAAGAUGGCCAGCAACGAAGAACUUCGUGGGCUGAAUCUACCAAAAGACAAGGCCAUUCCUACUUAUCACUGCCCAGGCUGCCUAUCAGGGAAGAUGCACCGUCUGCCAUUCCCAAUUGGAAGAAAAAGAGCUAAGCAAAUUGGACAUCUCAUUCACGCAGACGUCUGUGGCCCAUGCAUGUACCCUACCAAGUGGAGCACGCUACUUCGUACUUUUUACUGACGACUUCUCUGGACGGCGCAAUAAUUGUUUCCUUAAACACAAGUCUGAAGUCCCGGAAUAUUUCAAAGAAUACGCCAGCCUCCUACGCAGUGAAACCGGUAAUCUCAUCCAUACCCUCCGAUCAGACAACGGAGGUGAAUUCAUUAGUUCCGCAUUCAAAUCGUGGCUAUCAGACCGAAGUAUCCGCUUUGAAUCAUCGGCACCCCACACACCAGAGCAGAACGGCGUGGCGGAACGAGCCAAUCGGACGGUUUUUGAAGCUGGUCGCAGUCUCCUAUAUGCUAAGCAUAUCCCUCUUGAACUAUGGGGAGAAGCAAUCGCGUGUGCCGUCUACACUCUGAAUCGAGUAAGCAACAGCAAAUCCACAACAACACCCCAUCAACUUUGGUAUGGAGAAAAACCAAAUCUUUCCCACCUGCGGAUUUUUGGCUCAGUCGCCUUUGUUCAUAUCCUGAAGGUAAAUAGACAAAAGCUGGACCCCAAAAGCAUAAAAUGCCUUUUUGUCGGCUACGCAACCAGUAAAAAAGCCUAUCGCUGUUGGAGCCCCACUGAAAGAAAAACUAAGAUUAGCAGAGACGUGAUCUUCGACGAACAAAUUAAUGACAACCCUUUUUCUUCGUCAGAACCAACUAAUUCAUUCUUCUUUGAACGUUCUCCAUUACAGCCUUC